AUGCCAGAGACAGACGCCGCCAAGGAUCCCCUGCGUAUCAUGCCCCUCGGUGCAUCCAUCACCUACGGCCAAGGCUCCUCCACCGGCAACGGCUACCGCAACGACCUGCACAAACUCCUCACCGACAGCGGCUACACCGUCAACAUGGUCGGGUCCCGCAAGCACGGCUCCAUGAAGGACAACGACGUCGAGGGCUGGCCGGGCUUCCUCAUCGACGAGGUCCAGUCCAAGGCCGAGGCCGCCGUGCCCAGCCGUCUCCCCAACGUCUUCACCGUCAACGCCGGCACCAACGACUGCGGUCGAAAUUUCCAACUCGACGGCGCCGGACGCCGAACAGACGACCUGCUCGAGUAUCUUUGGAGGGCAUCCCCAGACUCCACCAUCAUCCUGUCCACGCUCCUCAUCAACCUCUACCCCGUGGUUGAGGCCCGCGUGGAAAAGGUGAAUGCGCAAAUCAAGGAGGUUGCCAGGCAAAAGGCCGCCCAGAAGAAGAGAAUCGUCCUGGUGGACAUGCACGCCGCCGACGGUCCUCAAAAGGCCGACUUGGCGGAUGCCACACACCCCAACGAUGCGGGCUACAACAAGAUGGCCAAGAUUUGGUUCCGCGGUAUUCAAGAGGCUGCGAGCAAGGGGUUCCUCAAGAAUCCCAAGCCUGUUCCGGGCGCGUAA